AUGAGUGUCAAGGUACUUGUAGUCGGGAAGGGGGCCAGAGAACAUGCGCUGGCCUGGAGAUUGAUUAAAUCCCAGUCAGUGAAACAGGUCUUUGUAUUUCCUGGAAAUGGAGGGACCUCUUUCGAAGAGGGCGCGGCCCCUAUUUCCAAUCUUACCGGGAUUCGAGCAGGCCUGACAGGAUACAGCGACUUGGCGCAAAAGGCAAAGCAACUUGAGGUUGGAUUGGUAGUAGUUGGGCCCGAUGACGAUGUGGUCAAUGGUAUUGAGGAGUAUUUCAGAGAAGUUGGGAUCCCAUGUUUCGCACCGUCACGAAAAGCAGCGGAGCUCGAAGGUUCCAAAGUUUUUGCCAAAACUUUCAUGAAGGAUCAUGGCAUACCUACAGCCUCCCACAGCAGUUUUGACGACUUCGACGAGGCAUGCGCAUACGUGCGUAAGGUUUUUACCGACAAAGAUCACAGAAUCGUGAUCAAGGCAGACGGUCUCGCGGCAGGGAAGGGUGUGGUUCUCCCCGCCGACCCCGAGCAAGCUCUUAAGGACCUUCGAAGCAUUAUGAAAGACGGAGUGUUCUCUACAGCCGGGUCUUCUGUAGUGAUUGAAGAGUACAUGGAAGGAUUUGAGAUCAGCAUCUUGACCUUCAGCGACGGAAAGACCUUCUUUUCUCUCCCAGCGGGCCAAGACCACAAGAGAAUCCUAGAGGGCAACAAGGGGCCCAACACUGGAGGCAUGGGUGUUUACACCCCCGUCCCGAUGGUCACCUCAGAUAUCACACAACAGAUCGACGAUGACAUCUUGAGGCCGACAUUCGAAGCUCUCCAGAAACAAGGGUGCCCCUUUCAAGGCUUACUUUUCACCGGCGUCAUGAUUACCAAGACUGGCCCUAAGGUUAUCGAAUACAACGUGCGAUUCGGCGACCCAGAGACCCAGAGCUCCAUGCUUCUCUUGUCUGACGAAACGGACCUAGCGGGUGUCUUGCUAUCAUGCACAAAUGGCACACUUGACCAAAUCAAAGACACAAUCAAAGUCAAACCAGGCUUUGCGUGCAAUGUUGUCAUUGCAUCGGGCGGAUAUCCCGGCGAUUACAAGACAGGCAAGACGAUCUCGUUGAGAACCCCCCCUCCUGACGACGUGGCCAUUUUCCAUGCAGGAACUCGCAGGGACGUGGACGACGGUUUAUUGAAGACAGCAGGAGGACGUGUAUUCUCGGUAGCUGCCUACGGAGAGACUUUACAGCAAGCCCGGGACAAGGCUUACCAGGGUGUUGAGUGCGUUUCGUUUGAGUCGAAGGUCUUCAGGACCGAUAUUGCUCAGGGAGGUCUGAGUAAUUGA